GAAUUAAUUUUUCCUCCCCCGUAUAACCCCUCUAGGAUGCUGGAAGAACACCAUCCUCCCCCUCCAGGGGAGGCAGACGCUGUUCCGAGAGCGGGAGGCGGAAAUGCUCCAGGGGGAAGCCCGCCCUUUACCAGACAAAGGGCUCAGAGGGGGCAAUCCGCCUCCACCGCUGACUCCACUAUUCUGCCCCUGCGAGCCACCGGACCCCCAGACGCAGAGGGGAAUCAGCCCCAUCACUAUUGGCCUUUAGCCACUAGUGACCUCUACAAUUGGAAAGCUCAGAAUCCUAAGUUUUCCGAGAAACCAGCAGGGCUUAUUGAUUUAUUAGACUCUGUUCUUUUUACCCAUCAGCCCACGUGGGAUGAUUGCCAGCAGCUUUUGCAGGUCCUGUUCACGACUGAAGAAAGAGAAAGAAUCCUCAGUGGGGCCCGAAAACUAGUUCCAGGCGCAGAUGGGAAUCCCACCACCAACCAGGCUCAGAUAGAUGCCUCCUUCCCCUUAACUUGGCCCCAGUGCGAUUUCAACACGGCAGAAGGUAAGGAGAGGCUCCGGGUCUACCGCCAGACUCUAAUGGGGGGUCUCCGAAUGGCUGCUAGAAAGCCAACCAAUUUGGCCAAGGUAGGAAAUGUACAACAGGGAAAAGAUGAAUCUCCAGCUGCCUUUUUAGAACGGAUCAUGGAGGCAUUCCGUACGUAUACCCCCAUGGAUCCAGAGGCUCCGGAAAGCAAGGCAGCUGUUCUCAUGGCCUUUGUAAACCAAUCGGCCAUAGACAUUAGGAGAAAAUUACAGAAAAUAGAUAGACUAGGAGAAAAAAGUCUGCAGGACUUACUGGUGGUAGCCGAAAAGGUAUAUAAUAACCGGGAGCCUCCUGAGGACAAGCAGGCUCGCGCCAUGGCGGCUGCCAGCAGUAAGCAGACUCGAGGCCUGGCCAGAAUACUACUAGCUACCACUGCUGACUUCCUCGAGGAACGAGACCGCCGUCUCCGGCAGCUGGCAGACGACACAAGAAAAGGUAAAAGCACCAAGGGGGGGAAGCAGAGGCUGCAGAAGGAUCAGUGCGCAUACUGCAAGGAGAUAGGGCAUUGGGCCCGAGAUUGUCCAAAAAGAGCCGGCGGGAAGGGACAAGACUGAUCGAGUAAAGUCCUAGAGCUGGAUGAACUAAGUGAUUAGGGGAGUCAGGGUUCGGACCCUCUCCCCAAACCCAGGGUAACUCUUAAAGUGGAGGGAACCCCUAUUGACUUCCUUGUCGACACCGGAGCACAACAUUCGGUCCUCCGCACCCCACAAGGAAAACUAGCCAGCAAGAAGUCCUGGGUACAAGGGGCAACUGGUAUGAGCCAGUAUUCAUGGACUACCCGAAGAACAGUAGAUUUGGGAACGGGCCGGGUAUCCCACUCCUUUAUGGUAAUACCAGAAUGCCCCUACCCGCUGUUAGGACGGGACUUACUGACCAAGAUUGGAGCUCAGAUAACUUUCAGACAAGGGGGGCCUCAGGUCACCGAUGGCAAGGGCCACCCCAUCCAGGUCCUGACCAUGAAACUGGAGGAUGAAUACCUCCUCCACCAGGAGGCGCUCCUGAGAGAGGAUAAUAUAGGGCUACGAGAAUUCCCCUCGGUUUGGGCAGAGACAGGGGGGAUGGGACUAGCCGCUCACAGGACCCCAGUCCUGGUAGAGCUCAAGCCAGGAGAGAGUCCGGUAAGGAUCAAACAAUACCCCAUGUCUCAGGAGGCCUGGAAGGGGAUCCAGCCACACAUCCGGAGACUACGAAGCCUAGGGGUACUAGUUCCUUGCCAGUCUGCCUGGAACACCCCCUUACUGCCGGUCAAAAAGCCUCACACAAAUGACUACCGACCGGUACAAGACCUCCGGGAAGUAAAUAAGAGGGUUGCGGACAUACACCCAACUGUUCCCAACCCAUAUACUCUCUUGAGCUCCUUGGCGCCCUCCAGGGUCUGGUAUACUGUACUAGAUUUAAAGGACGCCUUCUUCAGUCUGCCGUUGGCACCCCAGAGCCAACCCUUGUUCGCCUUUGAGUGGCAUGAUCCGGAGGAGGGCUACAGUGGGCAACUCACCUGGACACAGCUACCUCAGGGAUUCAAAAAUUCACCCACCAUCUUCGACGAGGCUCUACACGAGGUUAUCCUGGCGAACAAUCGAAAGCUCCCUAGAGCCCAGCCUGGGAUCACUAUGUACAGCAUGCGGCACCACCACAUAGGAAUCAAAUGCUCGAUGGAGUCUUCACAUUUCUAUAACUUAGAGCCACUGAGGACAGUGGAAAUGAUCAAGUCCGCUAUUUUCAAUGCAAGGGUGACUAUUAGGAACAAUUGUAACCAUGGAUAUGAGCGCAAUUGA